AUGAAGCCUUUAGUAGAAUAUGAAAAAGCUACUACGGCAGAUCCUACACCAAUAAAACUCUUAACACCUAAUCCAGAUUUCCAAAAAUACCAUACAUCAUGGCUUGAAGAUAAGUGGUUUCCUUUCAUGGGAUCCUUCUUAGGUGCUGGAUCAUCUUGGUAUUACUAUUCAGUGCAAAAUAGAAGACCUUACUAUGCUUGUGAGUUUUUGCAACAUUUUAAAUAUUAUUUUGGUUGAAUAAAUUAUUUUUCAUAGGUCUGCACAUGAAGUUGGGUGCAGGAAUUCUUGGUGCUGUUGCUUUUUAUUAUAUUAAACAACACAGAAAUGCAUAUCUAGCUGACAAGGAUGCUAUGUAUAGACAUUACAUUCAAUUACAUCCUGAAUAUUUCGAACCUCCAGGUUUGAUUAUUAACUGUAUUGUAACAAUGCAGUUUACUUGUAUAUUAGUAUUAUUAAGUUUAGUUAGUAAUACUAACAUAUAUGCAAUUUCCACUAGGAAUUGUAUUUACAAAUAUUUUUAUUUGAAUAUUUAUUUAUUAUACAUUUUAUGUUAUAUUUAUUGAUUAUUAGAAAUUGGAAUCAAUUAAUUAAACUAUAAAAUAUGUUUAUGAUUUACAAAAUUUGAUACAUUUUAAUUACUUAAUUAUAAUUGUUUGCAACCAAUCAAUAUAACAAAAUGUAUUUUAAACUAAUGAAUUAAAGUAUUCUUUACUUACUUGUUUGCAUAUUAAUUUUUGAGUUUGCUCAUAAAACGUGUUAGGUUUUAAUUCCGGAAAAAAAAACCAAAAUGAUAAUAUAAUCAGAGAAUAUAUAUAUUAUAUAUAAUAUAAUAUUUAUAUAUAAUAUAAUAAUAUAUAUAUAUAAUCACAUAACAGAUGUUGAUAGAUAAAUGUUUUUCAAUAUAAAUAUUAUAUACAUCAUAUAUUUUUUUAAUAUAAUAUAGAUCAUUUAAUAUCAUUAAAUAAUUUUAAUAAAUUUGGUAUCCAAGGUCCAUCCAGCCUAUGACAUAUUAAGCUCGUAUUUAAAAAAUAGGAAACAAAGGGUUUGAAUAAAAACAUUAUCAAUAUGUGGAGUAUCUCAAGGUACUAACCUCUUUUCCACCCUAUUUAAUAUUCAAAUUAACCAAAUAAACGAUCUAAAGAUGCAUGUUAAACUAGUCUGUUAUGCUGAUGGUACUGUUCAUUUUGUUGAUUGUAACUUGAGACGAGGUAUUUUCAUCCAUACAAGAUGACCUGAAAAAAAUCAAUAAUUGAUUUUGUGCAAAUAACCUAGUCUUAAAUUUAGAUAAAACUUAUUUAUUACCACACUAUAUAACUAAUACAAACAAACCUGAUAUAAUUAGCAUGUGUAUUCACAAACACAACUGUUCAAAUCCAAAAUCUUGUACAUAUCAAACUUCAUUAAAAAUAAUAAAAUCGUGUAAAUCUUCGAGCAUUGAAAUGUGCCAUGACCUCCAAUGGAAUGACCACAUUAACCAGAAAACGACAUAACUAGGAAAAAUAAUCUAUGCUUUCAAAAAUUUAGCUAAUUCACUUGAAAUUAAGAAAAUUAGAAUUGUUUACCAAGCUCUAGUAGAAUCCAUAAUUAACUAUGGUAUUACUAUUUGGGGAGGCGCCUAUAAUACAACACUAAAUUCAUUAAAAAUAAUAAAAAUAAUUUUAAAAAAUAAUCACUUGUUGUAUCACACAGAAUAUCUGUAAAAAGAACUAAAUGUUCUAUCGUUAAAAAUUUGUUUCAUAAGACAUCAGUAAUUUUUAUAAUUAAAAAUAAUCUAACACCUAGUAUUGAUCAUGGAUAUAACAAGACAAUUAUCAAACAUUACUGUUCCCUUAAUGAACAGAAACCUAACUCAAUCUACUUACUUAUAUAUAAGACCAAAAAUAUAUAAUAAACUUAUUUACUUUAUAACUUAAUGUUAAUAACAUAGCAAAUAGACUGAUAAUUAUAUUUAUUUAUUAUUUAUAUUAUAUUGAUUAUAUUAUCAUUUUGGUAUUUUUUCUGUUGGUUUUAGAUUUCAAGCGUAGCAAGUGAGCUAUUGGUUUUACUACAAUGUUCAUUAUUAUUAUUUUUUCUUCCAGUCUAUGGACACAUUUUUCCUAGUAAACUUGCUUUGAUUUUUACGUGUAGCAACUUUUCUGAUAGUUCAAGUUGUCUAGAUUGUACAUUAAAAGGUCAUUUUUAAAUUUUUUUAAAUAAAAGCUCUUAAGUGGGAAAACAUACAAUUUCAUGAUUUUAUUAUUUUAUAAAACAUAGAAUUUUUCUACAAAAAAAAAUGAUUUAAUCAAAAAAUCACAAGACAAAUUAUUUGUUGCCUUUUGAUUUACUUUUUUAUGGUAUCAUCCCCAAAACUUAUGAGCUUUUAAAGAAUUUUAAUUUUUAGGAGUUUUCUGGCUGUAAUUUGGUUAUAAAUACAUGUAGAUUUGAAACAUGGUAAUAAUACUUACAUUAAACUUAACCUAGACGGUGAAAUUUCUAAAAUCAUUGGAAGACCUUUUUUUUUUAAUAAAUGUUUAGAAAUCAAAUUUAAACGAAAAUCACGAAAAAAAUUGUGGCACUUUUAAUUAUGUAUUACUGAACUACGCUCGGAAUGAUUUAUCGUUGCUUACAGAUAUAAAUGAAUUAACCAUAUAUAUCCUACCUUCCCAACUUCUCACCUAUAAGUGGCCGCUCCCAUCCCCAGUAUCAGCUCUUUUUUUUUUCUGUAUACCGUUAGGUUUGUACAAUUUUUACUAAAAUUGUGCCUUCUUAAAUUUUUAACAUUAUAUCUUAAAUCACUACAUACAUUACAUUCAUCAAAUAAUAUCAUUGGUAUGUUAAAAUUAUAUGUUUUGUUUUAGAGCGCAAGAAAGUUGGUGAAUUAUUCAAGGAAUGGGUUCCUGUACGAUAA